AUGGAUUUGUUGAAUCUUGGUUCACAAUCCAGGAAGACUGGUUUAAAGCCAAGAGCGAAUUUGAGGAAGGAUAAAUAUAAUAUGGAAGAUGUGGAUGAAUUUUUUGCAGAAGAAGAGGAGGAUAAGGAUAAUGAUUAUACUGAAAGAAGACCACAAAAAUCAGACAGAUCUAUAUAUGCAUCAGGUCUGGCAGCAUCUAGGGGUUCCGAGGUUUCAGCUGAAUCGUCGACACCUAGACACAAUUUUAAUAAUGUUGCUCGAAAGAUCAACUUUACAGAUGUGGAAGCAGAACCUUUCAACUUAUCACCAAUAUCAAUACAGUCCAAGCAUUCCAAAAAUCGAAAUAAGAAGUCGCCGUUGAGAUCCCCACUUCAGGAAAAUAAAGCACGCAGACUAACAGAGGGAGGUACGGGAGAUGACGAGGGAUACGACUAUAAUGAUAAUAUUGACAUGGAUAAUGAUUUGUACGGGGAUGACAUAGACAUGAGUUUAUCACCAGUGGAUUUAUCGCCUAUAAAGUUAAGGACUGAAUAUAUUUCUAAAGAUUCAAAGAAAUCUCCAGAUGGAACCCCCAAAUCGAAAUCAAAACCAAAAUCAAAAUCAAGCGUCAACAAAUCUGCAUCGUCACUCACAAAGAAAAUGGCGCUAGGCACUACAAAGCCUAGGAGGAAGCGUCACAUAGUAGAGGAAGAAUCGGAAGAAGACACCACACAAGAAUAUUCACCGGAUGAGAAAAGUGAGUUACUUUCCCCACCACCUACAACGAAGAAGGAGCCCGUGCGAAACCAGAUUUCUCAAGAAAAGAUUACGAAACCUUCACCAUUACCAUCACCUCCUCCCGACGGUCUUAGAAGGUCAAAGAGAACAAAAAUUGCACCAUUAGCAUUUUGGAGGAAUGAGAGAAUUGUGUAUACUCGUGCAGCUGAUGAAGAGGACGCAGAUACAACCCUUGCCAGUGAUAUAAAAAACAUACCCUUACAAGAGAUAGAGGCAGUUGUACAUAUUCCGGAAGCAAAUAAAUACAUUUCUACAACUGCGAAUAAGAAAAGGUCGGGACUGAAACUGAGAAUCACUCCUCCAAAACUGAAAAAGUCACUGCCAAAACAAGUUGCAUAUGACUAUGAAUCUGACCCAGAAAUUAAUGGAUCGGAGUGGUUUAAGGACAAGUCAUUAAAACUUAGGGUGUUCGAGGGACCAAGUGACGAUAGAGUUGAAAGAUCUAUAGCUUGGGCUCCUAAUGAAGGUGAUUUUGAAAAUCCACCAAAUACAGGGGAAAUAGAAAAUUUUAAAGUUGCAGCUUUAUUUGGGGAUGAUCGUGAUUUUACAGCUGGAGGCUUAAUUGAAUUUCCAUAUGGUGGGUUUAAGAGCCUAAGAAAUUCAUCUGAUUCUGUUUAUAUAUUCCAUGUGGUGAAAGGCCUUAUAGAAGUGACUCUUAAUGAGAACAAGUUCGUAGUUACAAGAGGAUGUUCAUUUCAUGUCCCUAGAGCAAAUACGUUUGCUUUUAAAAAUUUGGGCCAAGAUACAUCGAAGUUGUUUUUUGUUCAAAGUAAGAAGGUCAUAGCAGACGAUGAUGAAGAAUGGGAAUAG